CAAACGGAAUGCAGCCGUAGUCGAGGCUCUUUCUAUCUCUGUCUCACCACCAGUGUUUGUCAUUUUCUCAUCAAUAUUCUGCCUCCGUUAUUCGGUGUCUCCUGGAAUAGCAGCAGUUUGAGGAACAAUCGUCGGAACGGGUAAAAACCGUAAUUAAGAAGGUAUAAACAUGAGUGUCGAGGCGUACGGGCCGAGCUCGCAGACUCUAACGUUCCUUGACACCGAGGAAGCCGAGCUGCUGGGAGCGGACACCCAGGGCUCCGAGUACGACUUCACCGAUUUUACCCUGCCGAGCCAGACCCAGACCCAAGGCCAGACCCAGAGUCAGCUGGACAGCCAGGUUAAUGGACCUGAUGGCGUGCUACAGAAUGGAGACGACCCCGUGGUAAAAGCCAGUCAGUUGCUGGCAGAAUUGAACUUUGAGGAGGAUGAGGAGGACACCUACUACACCAAGGAUCUUCCUAUACACGCCUGCAGUUACUGUGGGAUUCAUGAUCCAGCCUGUGUGGUCUACUGCAACACCAGCAAGAAGUGGUUUUGUAAUGGCCGUGGAAACACAUCCGGCAGCCACAUUGUAAACCACCUGGUGAGAGCAAAGUCCAAGGAGGUGACCCUGCAUAAAGAUGGCCCUCUGGGGGAAACAGUACUGGAGUGCUACAACUGUGGCUGUCGCAAUGUCUUCCUUCUGGGCUUCAUCCCUGCCAAAGCUGACUCAGUAGUGGUGUUACUGUGCAGGCAGCCAUGUGCCAGCCAGAGCAGCCUGAAGGACAUCAACUGGGACAGCUCGCAGUGGCAGCCUCUCAUCCAGGACCGCUGCUUCCUGUCCUGGCUGGUCAAAAUCCCGUCAGAGCAGGAGCAGCUCAGGGCUCGUCAGAUCACCGCCCAGCAGAUCAACAAGCUGGAGGAGCUCUGGAAGGAAAAUCCCACUGCCACUUUGGAAGACCUAGAGAAGCCUGGUGUGGAUGAGGAGCCCCAACAUGUGCUGCUCCGCUAUGAGGAUGCGUACCAGUAUCAGAACAUCUUUGGUCCUCUGGUGAAGCUGGAGGCUGACUAUGAUAAGAAACUCAAAGAGUCCCAGACUCAAGACAACAUUACGGUCAGAUGGGACUUGGGCCUGAAUAAAAAGAGAAUUGCUUAUUUCACUCUUCCCAAGACAGACUCAGACAUGCGACUGAUGCAGGGAGAUGAAAUUUGCCUGAGGUACAAAGGAGACCUGGCGCCUCCAUGGAAAGGAAUUGGACAUGUCAUCAAAGUCCCUGAUAACUAUGGUGAUGAGAUCGCCAUAGAGCUAAGGAGCAGUGCCGGGGCUCCAGUGGAGAUCCCACACAAUUUUCAGGUCGACUUUGUGUGGAAGUCCACUUCCUUUGACAGGAUGCAAAGUGCCCUGAAGACAUUUGCUGUGGAUGAGACGUCAGUGUCUGGUUACAUCUAUCACAAACUGCUGGGACAUGAGGUAGAGGAUGUGGUCAUCAAGUGCCAGCUGCCCAAACGCUUCACUGCUCAAGGCCUGCCUGAUCUUAACCACUCACAGGUGUAUGCUGUGAAGACAGUGCUGCAGCGUCCCCUGAGUCUGAUCCAGGGUCCUCCUGGAACAGGGAAGACAGUAACCUCUGCGACCAUUGUCUACCACCUGGCUAGACAGGGCAACGGACCAGUGCUGGUGUGUGCUCCCAGUAACAUUGCCGUUGACCAGCUGACAGAGAAGAUCCACCAGACAGGUCUCAAGGUGGUGAGGCUGUGUGCCAAGAGCAGGGAGGCCAUCGACUCUCCUGUGUCUUUCCUGGCUCUGCACAACCAGACCCGUAACAUGGACAGUAUGCCCGAACUUCAGAAGCUCCAACAGCUGAAGGACGAGACUGGAGAGCUGUCCUCCUCGGACGAGAAGCGCUACCGAGCUCUGAGACGCACUGCUGAGAGGGAGCUGCUUAUGAAUGCAGAUGUCAUCUGCUGUACCUGUGUUGGGGCGGGGGAUCCUCGUCUGGCUAAAAUGCAGUUCCGCUCCAUCCUGAUUGAUGAGAGCACCCAGGCCACCGAACCAGAGUGUAUGGUGCCUGUCGUCCUGGGGGCAAAACAGUUGAUUCUGGUGGGUGAUCACUGCCAGCUGGGUCCUGUUGUUAUGUGUAAGAAGGCAGCUAAAGCAGGUCUGUCCCAGUCUCUGUUUGAGCGUCUGGUAGUUUUGGGGAUUCGGCCAAUCCGUCUGCAGGUCCAGUACCGCAUGCACCCAGCCCUCAGCGCCUUCCCCUCCAACAUCUUCUAUGAGGGCUCUCUGCAGAAUGGAGUCACUGCCGGGGACCGUGUGAAGAAAGGCUUCGACUUCCAGUGGCCGCAGCCUGACAAGCCUAUGUUCUUUUAUGUCACACAAGGCCAAGAGGAAAUUGCCAGCUCUGGAACGUCCUAUCUCAACAGGACUGAGGCAGCGAAUGUGGAGAAAAUAACCACAAGGUUGCUGAAGGCUGGAGCAAAACCCGAUCAGAUUGGCAUCAUUACGCCCUACGAGGGACAGAGGUCCUACUUGGUCCAGUACAUGCAGUUCAGUGGCUCCCUCCAUACCAAACUCUACCAGGAGGUGGAAAUAGCCAGUGUGGAUGCCUUUCAGGGCAGAGAGAAGGACUUUAUCAUCUUGUCCUGUGUGAGGGCCAAUGAGCACCAGGGUAUUGGUUUCCUCAAUGAUCCCAGACGUCUCAAUGUGGCACUCACUAGGGCCAGGUAUGGUGUGAUCAUUGUGGGAAACCCCAAGGCCCUGUCCAAGCAGCCUCUGUGGAACCACCUGUUGAACUACUACAAGGAGCAGAAGGUCCUGGUCGAAGGCCCACUUAACAACCUGAGGGAGAGCCUCAUGCAAUUCAGCAAGCCUCGCAAGUUGGUCAACACCAUCAACCCAGGUGGUCGAUUCAUGAGCACAGCCAUGUACGAUGCCAGGGAGGCCCUCAUUCCUGGAUCUGUUUAUGACCGCAGCAGCAACGGACGUACGUCCAAUAUGUAUUUCCAGACCCAUGACCAGAUUGGUAUGAUUGGGACAGGCCCCAGUCCCAUGACUUCCAUGAACCUCCCCAUCCCCUUCAACCUUGUGAUGCCCCCCAUACCUCCGCCUGGUUACAUGGGACAGCUCAAUGGACCCACAUCAGGUCGUGGUGGAGGUAUGAAAGGCAAGGCAGGCAGUGGAGGAGGCGGAGGGACUCGAGGUGGUCGUCAAAGAAACCGUGGCAACAUGGGGAACCACAGCGGAGGGAAUGGAGGAGCAGACCGCGGGCAGCACGGAGGCCACAUGAGUGGCAGCCAGGCCAGCCAGGACCUGGGCUCCCAGCCCUUCUCCCAGGGGCCUCUGACACAGGGCUACAUCAACAUGAGCCAGCCGUCACAGAUGAGCCAGCCUGGGCUCUCCCAGCCUGAACUUUCACAGGACAGUUACCUAGGAGACGAGUUCAAGUCCCAGAUUGACGUGGCUUUGUCCCAGGACUCCACCUACCAGGGGGAGCGUGCCUACCAACACGGUGGUGUGACUGGACUGUCCCAGUACUAGACUGUCGCUGGAAAGGAGCUAGGCCUGUGUGAAGCUUAGUUCAUUGGUAUUUUAAUCUGGGUAAUAACAAAAAAGAACAAACAUGGAUACCCGUUUUCCACUGCUACAACCGAAGCACCACUGUGUGAAAGUAACAGGAGAGAGACCGUGAGAAACCAACCAAUCACAAGAGUGAGAGCAAAAAUGGGAGUAGAGCUGGACAGGAAGCGAGCAAGAGACGAGAGAGUGGGAGGCUGGCGGAGGAGAGAAGGCACUGCUGCUCACACGCGAAGACAUGGCGAAGGAGAAGAGCUGUCGUUGUCGGAGCAGCGCAGUUGGAGAGGCGAGACCUUCGACAGGUCAAGGAGGGUGGAUGGUCCGAAUGAUUCUGGAGGGGAGGGGAAAGCGGGGCGACAGUGUCAUCUUGUCCCUUGUGUGCCCCUGAACCCUCGACGAUCUCCAGGCGGUAUGGUUGGGAAUCUUGCUCCAAAAGCUGAGAAAGAUGGAGAAGAGGUGUCUCACACAAAUGUCCUCCAAGCUAACUCAACAGGACGUCUUCUGUGACUUGGAGAGAGAGAGCGAAAACAAAAGGGGACACAACUCUUGAAGCAGUUGAUAUGGCAACUUUUUUAAACUCAAAGCUUGAAUUGAGGCUCUGCAUUUGAUCACAUCUAAGCAUCCAGGAGAGAAAAGUGUGGAAAACACUGUUUGGCUAUUCAAGUGAACUCACAAGUGCUUGUGGUGUUGUACAUUUAAAGAGCUCUAAUGAAAUCUGAGGAUUACAUAGCCACGGAUCAUUCGCUUUUCUUUCUCAGCUUUGAGUUAGAAAGUUUUCUAAAUAAAGGCUGUUCUCAUUGAGGUUUUCAGUGAUGUAAGCUAGCGCAGUUGGCCGUCUUUCAAGGCAGGUCUUUCUCAAGUUGGUCUGCAAAGAAACAAGUGGUGGAAUUAGCUCUUAUAAAAAAUAUAAACGAAAAGAAAAACAUCUUUGUCUCCAGAUUUGAGGAGGUGAGCUCCAAAGAUCUGAAUAUAGGGAGACAAUUUUGUUUUUGUUCUUCUAAAUGUAUCUUUUUAGUAGUGAAAGUGAUCACCAUAACCAACUUAUAACUGAAUGAAGCCAUCAUUCUUUUUCUGCUGACCCUGAAGCCACUUAAGCUAGCAGAUAGGCAUAAUCUUGAGCAUAUAUAGCUACAUGCAUCAAAUAAGCCAAAUGAAGAGGGCACUAAUCCCCAAAGACCUUUCUCCAAAAGUAAAAAAAAAAAAACAUGCGUACAAUGAGACUAUUUAUGUCCAAUUUAGGCACCUGAUUAUCGCAGUGAAGUGAAGUAAGAAAUCACUCUUGAGAGAAAUCAUGAGCUUUAGUUUUCAUCCUGUGGAGUACCUGACAUGGCUACUCGUUACAAAGGAUGGCAAAAACUUCUGAGGCCCAUCUUAGAAUAAAUGUGUUGAAGAGAAACUUGAUCAUAGAUUUCACCAUGUUUGGAAAGAGGCACACAUGUUGUAUAUGUUGUACAUGCAGUAUGACAUUUGGCAUAAAGGCAGAUUAUUAUUAAUCUGUUAUUAUACUAAUAGUUAGAUUAUUAAAACAUGAAGACCCAAGUGUGUGAUUAUGUUGGUGGGACUUGAGUCCAGAGAGGACCGCAUUUCUUCCCCUUGUUUUUUCUGUCCUAUGUUGUCCUGAAGUCUUGAACUUAUGGAGAAGUGUGAAACUCAUUAUUAGUAGUGCAUUAUGUAAACACAGAACAGUUAGUUUAUUCUGUAACUCUGGUAAAUGUUAGUGAACAUGGUGUCUUAGUUUCAGUGCUUUAGAUGGACCUUAGUGAAAUUUCCAUGCAGCUUGUUUUUUUUUAUCAGUGUCUCAUUUUCCUCUGAGAUGUACUAACUCUGCUUUACUUGAACAAUUCAAAUCAUUUUCAUGUCAUAUGAAAUGCACGACACUGAAAAAUGUCAUCAUCAAAACACCAGUCUUUUUCCUGACCGCGGCCACCUUUCCUCUGACCUAAAGCUGGGUUAAAUAAGUGUAAUAUCCACGGAGGCACGGAGCACAGAGCUCUAAAAACAAGUACUCUGGCUGCAAGAGAAUAAACAACAGCCGCAGGGAUUUAAAUGUGUUUCUGAAAAACAUGUCACUCAAUAAGCGUUUUCAUAUUCUCACAAUAAUGAAUUACAAACCAUUUUUUGGCCAACUUCAGCUGUGCAGGAGGUACAUCUUACUGAACAGGACAUCCAGUUAAUAUUUAUACCCUAUUAUUGAUUAUCUGUAGAUUAGUAGAUCAUCUGAUUGCUGUCUGAAUUUAUGUUACAUCCUGUGUGGAUAAGCUCAUCACUAGCUAGAUUCACCUGUUCAUUGGUCUAACAAUAAAUUAUAAUUUAUUUUUUAAAGGAAAUAAAAAAGAUCCCUUACCAACACAUAGAGUAGUUUUUGCAUGUCAUAUGACUUAGAGGUUUGAGUUCUUCUAUACUUUUGCUCUGAUAAUCUUUGUUUGGCUUAUUUAAAACAACUGAAAAUGAAGAAGUUUUGUGUUUGCCACUGGGCUGCACCAUUUUGUUUUUCUGCCCACACUGAUUGAUGUUUUUAAAGAAAAAUUAUGCUCACAAAGAUUCUCCUGUUGAUAAUCUUGGAAAAUUAAAGUUUGCUUCUUUUUGCUCCUUA